CAAUAUUUAAACUCUUGUUUUCGUUAGCAAUUAGCUAAGUGAUUAUUGUAAUAUCAUGUUCACAAGUUUGAAUUAAUGAUUGAUAAAUGUAUUGAUUAUCACUGAAAGUGUGAUCAUUUAUUUUCAAGCAUUGCUCCAUUAUUACUAGUACCUGAUGAAUGUCAUUAGGAACAAUCAUAUCAUUUUAGUAUGAAUUUAACAAAAACGAGUUUGUCACUGAUAAGAAAAUUCUUAUUAACGAAUCAUAACCUAUACAACUCAGCAGGUCCACAUGUGAUUCCUUUUCUGAAUAAAAAAAGGAAAUUUAGUCAAUUUAAAAUGGAAAAUAAAAAUAACAUUGUUUGGAUAGAUAUGGAAAUGACUGGAUUAGAUAUUGAAAAAGAUAGAAUUUUGGAAAUUUCAGCUUUAGUGACAAAUCAAGAUUUGGAAAUAAUUAGUCCAACAUUCCAUACUAUUAUUCAUCAACCUGAUAACAUUAUGGCAAAUAUGAAUGAAUGGUGUCUUAAAAACCACGCUGAAACUGGUCUUAUAGACGAUGUUAAAAAAAGCAAUGUUAAUAUUAAAGAAGCUGAAAGUAAAUUACUAGAUUUUUUAAAACCAUUUACUGAAGAAAAAGCUAAUCCACUAGCUGGAAAUACUAUAUGGAUGGAUAGAAUUUUUUUAAGGAAAUAUAUGUACAAUGUUGAUAUAUAUUUAAAUUACCGUAUUAUUGAUGUUUCAAGCAUAAAGGAGCUUUGCAAGAGAUGGGCUCCACAUAUUGCUGAAAAUGUUCCCAAAAAACGAAACAAACAUCGAGCAGUAGAAGAUAUCGAAGAUAGUAUUAAAGAGUUACAGUAUUAUAGAGAAAAUUUAUUUCAAUUGCCACUUUGAUAAGCAGUACAUAAUGAAAAAUUAACGUAACUCAUUACUUUUAUCAUUUAAAAUACAGAUUUGUUGUUCA